CAUCAAGUAUUUUUAUCGCAACCAGGGGCCUAUUUCACUAAACUACAAUUCUACAAGUUUACAAGUUACAAUCACAAGUUUAAUUUUCACAAGUGUUGAUAAAUUGCGUUUCAUUAAAAUUUUGACAACACUUGUAGUUUUCUGCACUUGUAAACUACAAUUUCUACAAUUACAAGUUCUUGUAUACUUGUGAAUUUUUAAAUAAAAUAAAAUAUUUUUAUAAAGUUAUUUUGAUAAAUUAAACAUAUGUAUGUGUAAAUAUAUGUAUAUCGAUAAUUUGUUUUGAUUGUUAUCACAUCCCUAAUCAAUCAAAACACAUGUUGUGUGUGUUUUAUGUUGUUUGCCCACUUGUUGUGUUUAUAAAAAAGUUAAAAAUUGUUUAUUUGUAAAACUGGCAAAUGAACAUAACAAAAUUAGUGUAGUGCGGGAGAUCUUAGCUGCCAAAGACAUUCUCUUUGGUAAGUUUAGCGAUAAACUGUAAACUACAAUUGGACUGGUUUCAAGUGCAGAAGACGCCAAAUACGUACGUGUUGUUUUUUGGGCAAACAUCAAACGGGCGACACUGAUGAGUUUACUUAAAAAAGUGUUAAAAAUUUAUAUAGCAAUUUUUCAAAUUAAGGCCAAAAUGGACAACUCCAGAAAGACAGGGGCGGCUGGAGGCAGGGGCUGUAAAUUAUCCGAGUUGGAUACCCUGGUAUUAGAAGUGAUUGGGAAGGAGUCACCAACCUGCGAUGGUAUUCGGCCCCAAGAGAAUGAUGGUGAGGAUAUGUCAUUGCAAGAUUUGAUUGGCAUCACAUUAAAUGAAAGCAAUGACAGUAACUCACCGUUGGUAAUUACGGAAGUGACUGCUACCAAGAAGGAAGAAAAGCCAGUGCCUAUGCCUGAGAGCUCCCGAAAAAGAAAGCGAUAUAUGGAAAAUGGUUCUUCCGCCCACGGGGAAGCAGAAAUUAAAAAAUUGAAGAUGGAUGAAAAGGUGGAGUGCCAGAUCGAAAACUUGAAGCUGCAGAAUAAAAAUUUUCACUUGAAAAAUAAAGCUCUUCAGAUUAAAAUUUUGGAGCAAAAAUGUAUGGGCCGUAAGGGGGCAUACACCCCCUUAUUUUUUUAGUUACAACUUUUUGUUCUUUAUACUUUUUUUAUUAAUAUUUUUCUUAUUUGUAAAUUAAUUAAAAUAAUUUAAAAUAGUUUGUAGCCUAGCUUGGCCUCUAAUGUCUGUUAUGGUUUGGCUGACUUCUUCUACAUUAUCGGAGUCACUAAGGUUAGUAAUUGUAUAGUUUUCAUCUUCUUCAGUGCGUGAAAAAUUGCAAAGUGUGACCGCACAAGUAAAAACAUCGCUGGCCAUU